AGAGCAUCCAUCAAAAUGGCCGCUCCUGCAAAGAGUACGCCGCGCGAUGCACAGGUUAUGGCAGCUAUACUGAAAGAUAUGGGGGUUUUGGAAUACGAACCACGACUAAUUAAUGCAAUGUUAGAGUUUGUCUACAGAUAUGUCACAGAUAUUUUGGAUGAUGCUAAAGUAUAUUCCACUCAUGCAAGCAAGAAGAACAUUGAUCUUGAAGAUACCAAGAUGGCUAUUCAGUGUAGAAUGGACCAUUCCUUUACCUCACCACCACCAAGAGAUCUGCUAAUGGAGAUUGCCAAACACAAGAACAGUCAGGUUUUGCCACUGAUCAAACCUUACACAGGCUUGCGUCUACCGCCAGAUAGAUAUUGUCUCUCUGCACCAAAUUAUAAAAUGGCUGGUCACAGAGUGUCAAAGAAGCAUCAGUCAAGACUACAGAUUGGGAUGAAUCAAAUUCCUGGAGGAUCACUAUCUCAUCAGCGUAUCAACAUCACACCACAUGGCAAAAUUGGUGGAGGUGGCCUCACUGUAGUUACAAAAAGUGUUUCCAUCCCAACAGUUACCAUAGUUACCAAACCAUCAUCACAGCCAACUGUUCUUACAAAGCCAGCCAUCAGAAUAGCAGGAGGAGGAUCAUUGGCAUCAUUUGCUCCAAAGAUGAAAAUGGCAAGUUUACCACAGACAUCACCUUCUGUCUCGAUGCUGUCGUCCAAUCAGCAGGCUACCACCUCAUUACCCAGCAGUCAGCCCUCAAUACGUAUACAGCCCAUCACAUCUUCCACGUCAUCACUUAUAUCAAAUCCACUCAAGCGUAAACAUGAGGAUGAUGAUUAUGACACAUGAUGUGUAACCAUAACAACAGUGACCAAGACACGACAUGUAACCAGGUGGACAGUGACCAUGAUGCACAACAUGUAAUCAGUAAUGACAAUCACACAUCACAUAUCAGGUGGACAGUACUCCCACAACACACAACAUGUAAUCAGGUGGACAGUAACCACAACACACAACAUGUAAUCAGGUUGACAGUUACCACCAAACACAACAUGUAAUCAGGUGGACAGUUACCACCACACACAACAUGUAAUCAGGUGGACAGUUACCACCACACACAACAUGUAAUCAGGUGGGCAGUUACCA